UUUGUCUCUUCGGGAACUUUGAAGCAGGCGCACCCCGAUGUUUGCAGGGGGGUGAGAGCAGGUUGAGCGGGUUUGGGAGGUUUUCGUGUUUAAGCGCGUUUAUUCGGACAUGUCUCACGGUGCAGUGAGGAGAGUAGCUGCAGAGGCUUUCGGUUUUAGCAGAAUCGUGAAUAUAAGGUCGUUUUUGAGAGCGGUUCGUCCGGUGCUGAUCAACGAGCGGAAGUUGUGUGAUGGACUGAAGGACAGCGGAAAGAGCUUCGACCUCACUUUACUACAGUUCCUGGUCUGUCCUCUGUCUAAAAAACCUCUCAGGUAUGACGAAACAACAAAUGAACUAAUCAACGAAGAGCAUGGCAUUGCAUAUCCUAUAAUUGAUGGCAUCCCCAAUAUGAUUCCUCAAGAUGCACGGCUGAUCAAGAAGACAGAGGGAACUGAAGAACCCAGUCAGCCUUAGGUGGAUCUACAGCAUUAUCCGUGUGCUGAUGUGGUUGC